CAUCGGCGCGUACCGUACACAUCUAUACAUCAUACAUACAUAACGCACCCUUGUGUUUAUUUUGCGAAGAGUAGAAGAGGGGCUAAGGUCAAAACCCUAGAAAUUCGUACUGCCACACCGAUCGUCUCAACUAGCCACAAAGUUUGAAUGGCUGGUCAGAGGAACAGUUACGGAAAGCGUUCUCAUUCACAUUCGGAUUAUUCUGAUGAUGGGAGAAAUAAAAGGAGAAAUUCUGGCCCGGAAAGGGAGUCAUUUGCUAUCGGGGCAGAAGAUACAGUUUAUCGGUAUUUGUGCCCGGGAAGGAAGAUUGGAAGCAUUAUAGGGAGGGGAGGAGAAAUUGUCAAGAAGAUACGAGCUGAAAGUAAAUCGAAAAUAAGAAUUGGUGAAACUGUGUCGGGAUGUGACGAACGUGUUGUGACAAUAUACAGCCCAAGUGAUGAAACAAAUGAUUUUGAUGGUACUGAUGACCGUGUCUGUCCAUCGCAUGAUGCUCUCUUCAUGGUACAUGACAGAAUAGUUGCUGAUGAUUUGUCUGAUGAUCCUGAAGAAGAGCCACAAGUUACUGUCCGGCUCCUAGUACCGUCUGAUCAGAUUGGAUGUGUUAUUGGGAAAGGAGGACAGAUAGUUCAGAGCAUCCGCAGUGAUACUGGUGCACAGAUUCGCAUUAUGAAGGAUGAUCAUCUACCCCCUUGUGCGCUGGCCUCUGAUGAACUCGUGCAGAUAUCUGGAAAAGGUGCUGUUGUUAGGAAGGCUCUUUUUCAAAUUGCAGCUCGUCUUCAUGAUAAUCCAUCGCGCUCCCAGCAUAUGCUUAUUUCUGCCAAGCCGCCAAAUGCUUAUGAGUCCGGAGGUUCGGUUAUGGGUCCUACAGGUGGUGGCCCAAUCAUGGGGUUGGCUCCUGUAAUGGGUUCUUAUGGUGGAUAUAAAGGUGAGAAUGGACGCUGGUCGGGUUCCCUCUACUCAGCUCCAAGAGAUGAGCCAUCUUCAAAGGAAUUCUCUCUACAUUUAGUCUGUCCUACUGCAAACAUCGGUGGUGUAAUCGGAAAAGGUGGAUCCAUAAUUAAUCAGAUUAGAAAAGAUUCUGGCGCCACUAUAAAAGUUGAUAGUUCUUCUGCUGAGGACAAUGAUUGCAUCGUAUCAAUUUCUGCAAAAGAGUUUUUGGAGAACACAUUCUCUCCAACAAUCGAAGCAGCAUUGCGACUGCAACCAAGCUGUAGUGAGAAAGUUGAAAGAGAUUCUGGUCUAAUUUCAUUCACAACUCGUCUUCUUGUGCCAACUUCUCGAAUUGGAUGCCUUAUUGGGAAAUCUGGAAGUAUAAUUACUGAAAUGAGGAAUACCACUAAAGCUAAUAUUCGCAUUCUUUCAAAGGAUGAUGUUCCGAAAGUUGCAUCUGAGGAUGAUGAGAUGGUUCAGAUAUCUGGAGAUCUUGAUGUUGCAAAGGAUGCUCUUUUACAAGUAACCUCAAGGUUGAGGGGAAACCUCUUUGAUAGGGAAGGUCCUGUAUCUGCUUUUGUGCCAGUUCUUCCCUACCUUCCUAUGGCAGUUGAUCAUUCAGACGGCAUGAAAUACGAAAGUAGAGAUAGUAGAAGAUAUGGCCGUGAACAUUCAUAUUCUAGUGGUUAUGGUGGCCCUGGUGAUCUUCCAACUAGUGAUUUGUAUGGAACUUAUGGAGGUUUGCACAGUGGCAGCGGCGGCAGUGCUUACGGAGGCUAUGGUGGCUAUUCUUCAGGGCGUACUGGUAGCUCUGGGUACUCGGGGCAAAGCUCUGCUCCACGGCGUAGGAGUUACGGUCACUAAAGCUUGGUGACUGGGCCCGCAGGUUAGAUUGUUGAGUGCUGUUAUCUGUUUGGAUAUCCAUGACAGAUCCAAUAUCUGGACAAUGUGAAUUAUGGAACGCUGUAGUUCUUGCUUGCCUCAGUCUUUAUUCAGAUCGUAAGAGGCCCAUCAGGCGGGUUUACAAAUAUAUGGAUAUGGAUCUGGUAAAAUCUUACAAAUAUAUGGCACGGUGGGUUUAUAUUACAUUUUGUAGUUUUUAUUUCUUAUUCAAUAGUUUUAAUUGUUUUAUGUGGUUCCAAUUGGAGAAAUCUAGGUCAAUCUUUGCAGUUGCUAGGCCCUGUUAUUGUUAUCAGUGGAUACUUCUGGCAAUUCAUCCAGGUACUAUAUACUUGAAAGGCAAGUCUAUCAUGGUAGGUGCCUGGGCAGGAUAGAAUACAAGUGUCUAGCUUCCUUACUUCCCUCUCCAUGUCUCUCUCUAUAUAUAGUCUAAUAUAAUUGAUUAAUGUUCCUAUAGCCAGGGUGAGCUGUGACUAAUUCAGCCAAUGUGCAUCUAAAGUGGUCUGAUGGAACGGGUAAAAAGCUUAAAUACAUUUUCCAAAGUAGUAAAACAGAGUAAGGUCUCUGUCGUUUAGAUAACCGAACAGACAACCAAGCCUCCCUGAUCCCUGUGUAGGUCAAAUAAUCAUUUUACAGCUGUCCUGAUUUUAUAGAAUAGCUAUCUCAUCUCUAUUAACCCUAAAGAGGGAAGGAUAUAGAUGAUAUUUCAAAAUAAAAUCAUUUUUCAGUUUAUGUUUCUAUAAUGUCUAACCAGUACUAAUAUCAUAAUUGCAAAAAUAUUACUUGUAAAAUUAUAUAUAGUAAAUUAAUCUAGAAUUAUUUGUUAGUAGCAGAAUUUUAGAUUAGAGUGAUCACCGGGAGUCCUUCAUUUCCCUUGCUUAGGUGCUGGGAAUUUCUCAACAGACUCUCCAAAACAUAGUCAAUAGUCUUUAGAUAAAAUUAUGGAAAUAAUAUAUACUAAAUAUAAUCUUAUAAAGUAAUAUUUCUCGCUUUAUGAUGCUAUAUUUGGCAGAAAAUGAGAGAUAGAUAAGAGCGGUUUGUAGCUAGACAUGAAAGAAUUUUCAAAUGAACUUUAAAGCAGAAUUAUUCUCAAUAAUCUUUUAUAUUACAAUGAGGUUCUUUUAUUGUCUUACAUCUUUGCAGCUUCUUAUCUGUCUAACUCCCAUUUAGUGUUUUGUCUGCUUCAUAAUUCUUUUCCAGUUUUUGCAAUUUCGCCCUUUCCUUUCUUUCUAUCUUGUCUGUUGCAUGAUUCCAUUUAUAUCUUCUUUUUCCAAUUACCUUAUGAUUUCAUUUUUUAUUAGCUAAUAUUAUAGUGUUGUGGACCUUUUUGUAGUUAAACUACAUUGGGUCUGUAUUUUAUUUUUUUUGGUUUCCACCAUCAUUUGAAGAGAUUAGAAGACCUGUCUAAAUAUUAUCAUUCUGAAAUUGUCAUUAUUUGCACUAUUGGUUUCAUGUCGUUCUGUGACUUGUACUAUUGGUUUCAUGUCUUUUUGUAACUUGCUAUAGCAUUUUUUUUCCCGUAUUUUCUUUUGCAUGUGUAUGAUGUAAAUUAAUAAUUUUGUCACACCCUUUAACAUUUGGGACAUUGUUUAUUAUAAUAUGUAGCUGUAUUUUGUGCUA